UUUGUGUCCUUUCUCGCUGGCCGUAGAAGGGUGGAGAGACACGUGACCUGUAUUGCGAUAGCGUUCAGGAACAAAACAAAACAUCAAGAUUUGACAGCACCACCAAAGCUUUGCAACAGACUGACAGUUGCUGUUUUUAAGAAUAUUAUCAUUUAGGUGGUUGUUGUUGAAUUGUCGAGUCAGCUGCUGUUGUGAAUCUAGAAGGAUGUUUUGAUGAUCAUGUGGAUACCUCUGUGGAGAUGGAAGCUGUGAGACCCAAAAAAUCAAAGUCCAAAUCCAGUGGAAAGUCACAGGUCAAAAAGGAGAGACCACCUGAGAGUGUUAGAACGCCUUUUGAAUCUUCUACAGAACAUAAAGAGCCAGUAAAGGCUCCUGAGUCCACAGAUGAAUUCACAGAUGUCCCUCUCAGUCUUUCUGAUGUGCCUCCUGCCUCUGAUCUGAACCCAACCCAAUCUCAACCCUCACUAGACCAUAAAGACAAUGCUGAAAAGGACCAAGACAGAGAGCAGCUCUUGUCUAAUACAAAUGAAAUUGUGGAGAAACCCCCUUGCUAUGAAAACACAGAGCUUAUAUCAUCUCAAGACGUGCCACCUCGAGCAGAUACAGCUUUAGUAUCUGCUCGGCACACCCAAAGUAAUCAAAAACCUCUUAGUCCCGUACUUGAGCCAUUUGUUGUCACGUCUAUAUAUCCCUCUAUACCGCCUGCCUACACUGAACCUCAGAUCUUGGAGGACUCGGUGUCCUAUGGUCUGGUAGAUGCUUCCCUUUUGCCACUAGCAGCUAACUCGGGUCAGAUAGCGCCUGCGGUUUUGUGUUUAGCUAACCAGGAAUCCUCCCCACCUAGCUUGGUUCCCGUGGAGGUAGCUGAUGUGGAGAAGCCCAAGGAGAGGCUUUACCCAGAGCUGCCAAGGUCCUGCCAAAGCAUAAUUCCCUUCACCAGUGAGCAGCUGCGGAUAUGGGAACAGGGUUCCUGGCUGGAAAAUGUGCAGCUUCUUGAAGCUGAGUUCCAGAUUCUAGCGCACCAAGAAGGACACGAGCUGUACGAGCUACUGCUGAGCUACUGGAGGUGCCGUAAGCAGCUGACUCAGGCCCAAACUGAACUGCAAGCUGCUAACUCGGACUGCAAGAAUGUACAGAACCGCCUAUGGAGCUUCAAGGAUGAAAGGCUUUCGUUACAGGGUUUGUGUGCAGACCAAGUCAAGGUUUUUGGAUACCACUGCUACCAGCAGGUGACACUGAAUGAGGCAGCAAUAGUUGAACUAAAACAUCUGUUCGCUGCAAAAGCGGAAAUACUCCAUCAGACGGUUGCCCUGCACUCCUACACCUCCAUCCUUUCCCGUCUGCAAGUGGAGUCUUAUCUUUACCACUUGCUUAGUAGUAACCCCACCACUAAAAAUGUGGCCAUACAAGAUACAAGCACAGCGGGUUCAAAGUCUCAGCCCUCCUCUUUGCAACCGCUGAAGGAAAGCAUCAGCGUGCUGUUCAUCUUCACUCGGCGGAUUCUAGAUGAUUCUCAGUUUCAGACUGACAUUCAUCUCUGGCUACAGAGGCUGGUGUCUGUGCUGCAUGAGGUGGGUUCUGCAGGAGAUCACCUGUUCAUCUUAAAUCACCUGCUGUGUUGCCCAGGAGGAGUGGGGAAAUGGGCUGUACCAUUCCUACAGAUCAAGGUAUUGGAUAACCCAUCUGGAGUGUAUCAUUUCAUGCAGGCCCUGGCUAUUCUCAUGACCCCAGUAAGGCACCGUGCAGACUUCCUGGGACACAUGAAGCCCAGUGACCCAAAGGGCAACAACAGUCUUUCAGGACCUGCAUCUGCUAACUGGACUCUGGUGGAUGAGGGGGGAGAGGAAGAUGAAGAUCCAGAAACAAGCUGGUUGCUGCUGUCUGAAGAUGAUCUAAUUUCUCUCUUCUCUCAGUUUCCCUUUGAUGAGCUCUUUAAACACUUACUGGGCAUCUGCUCUAAAGGAGACUAUCAGCCUCAAGCCACCACCAGUCAAAAGAUGAUGAAGAUAUUUGCUUUUGCCUCUUCACUGAUCGAGCUUCUCGCCGUCGGCUUGCACACCUACAACAGAGCACGUUAUCGCCAGUUUGUAAAGAGGAUUGGUCACAUGAUACGCAUGACACUCUGUUAUGUGAGUGACCACUGGGCGCAGUACAUCAGCUUUACGGGUGUGAGCAGGACCACAAUGCAGGAACAGUCCUUUUCAAUGGAGAAGCUACAGGUGGAAUUCGACCAUCUCUUUCUUAGAGCAGUGCUACAUGUGCUUAAAGCCAAGAGACUGGGCAUAUGGCUGUUCAUGUCUGAGAUGCCAUAUGGUACACUGUCCAGUUCCAUGCUGUGGAAGAUCUUCUAUAUCAUGCAGUGUGCAGAGACAGAAGGACUGGAGAGACUCAGCUCUAGUUUAAGUGCUGAUGACUGUGUCCAGGGGCUCAGAGGUAAUAUGCCCACCCCAUCUGAUGCUGAAAGAAGCAUAAGAUUUAGAAGAAAAUCACUGGUAUUGUGUGCCCUUGUGUGUAUAGAUUCAAGCCACAAGGAGAGAUUCGAGAACUGGCUGUCAGAGAUAAACAGCUCCGAUGGAAUCUGCCUCUUGACCACAUUUGCUCACAUGGCCCAGCCCAGGCGCACAGAUGUAGACCCUGAAUUUGUCAGAACCAUAGUGCUCGAGAUAUAUGAGGUAUCUUACGUCAGUACUGCCACUCGUGAGAUAUUCUCUAAAGUCGGUCGGGAGUUGCUGGCCGCUAUAGCAGCAGCCCACCCUCACAUCAUCUCUGUGUUGUUGGAGAGACUGAAAGAGACCAUAGAGAAAGUAGGCAUGGUUUCAUUGUACCUGUUUAAGGAGUUGCCUCUGCAUAUGUGGACGCCAGCUGAAGCUGAGGUUGGGUUAAUCCGAGAUUGGCUUUUGAACUUCAACCUCACUGCAGUGGAGAACAGACUGGCCUGCAUCAUACUGGAGGGUCUAAACUGGGGAUUUCAGCCUAAUGGUUGCCUUUUUCUACCAGCUUCAUUGCACAGUGAAGUUGCCCUGUUGGUCAUUGAGGCAUAUCAAAAAUACCUCACAGACAUACCAUACGGUGGCAUCCUAUCUGAAGGCAUUAAACAGGUGUCUUAUCUGGCUAAUGUGGUCCGACUCGGCCAGACUCCGGAAUCCUCUUUUAACCAGUGGGCCUGGGAUCUGGUUUUAAGGCUGAAGCUUCAUGCCAAUGAAAGAAGUCCUCAGGAUGCCUGGUGCCCCCUGCCCUCCUCCACCCUCCCCAGUGUGCCUGAGAUCACAGAUUCUCCAACCAUGCACCCUGUAUUCAAAGCUGUGAAAGCAGGCAUCGCCAUUGGUUGCUUCCUGGCUAUUGAUAUGACCACCAUUGGACACAGUCUGGAGAAAUUCUGCAGUGAUGGAAUAUCACUGCUGAAGAUUCUGAUUCAGUCUCGUCAUCUCAAAGCUGCAGUACACAUACUGGAAAACAUAUUGCCAAUGGUCUACAGCUGCCAGUUCUACUUGCUCAAAAAUGAACAGUUUCUCAGCUGUAUUCAGCUUUUCUUGCAGAUGGAUAGUGGACCUCAAGGUGUGACCCAGCAGGUGACACAGAAGGUGACCCAGCAUCUAAUUGGCAUCUCUACAUGUGAGAACAUCAAAUUUCUCAAUAGUGUGAUCCAGGCCCAUAUUUUGGAGAGUUCCAGACCUGGACGUGUUGGGGUUGUCGCUGUUCUUGAGUUUUGGCUUCAGGUUUUGACCGAACAGAACCUUUGGCAUCGGGACAGAGCUGUUCUGUACCUUCUGGAUCAUCUCUGCCGUGCUGCAUUUCUUCACCAACAAGAGGAAUGUCUUCAGAAACUUCUCUACCAACAGCACAAGAGCGCUUUAGGUUACCACGGAGACAAAGGUUUGCUCUCAUCUUUUAUGGGCUGGAUAGUAGCAGGAAAUAUCACACCAUCCUUCAUUGAAGGCUGUGCUCUCACAGGAGAGGUGUGGUUUGCUUGGUUGGUCCUAAACAUGGAGUCAAUGUUUGAGGAAGACUCUCAGCUGCGACGCUGUGUGGAGCAUGAGCUGCUCUCUAACUCUGCCUACACACCAGAUCAGUCUCUGAAGAAAGCCCAGGUGCGUCUCAAGCUUCAAGUCGUCCCCUCACUCCAGAGGCUGAUGAUCUACCGCUGGGCUCAACAAGCUCUCGCUACGCCUGCAGAUCACCCACUGCUGCCUUUGGUGUGGCAGAAAUUCCUUCAGCUUUACCUCCGUCAACCUGGACCAGAGUUUGGGCUGGAGGUGAAAGGUUGUAUUGGCAGACGUUAUUUCCAGAGUGCAGCUCAUCUCUCUUUGCUGAAAAGCCUCAGACAGCGGUUGGUUGAGGUGUCUGAUUUUCAUCAUGCUGCUAGCAAAGCUCUGAAAGUGCCUUGCUCCAGUGAUAAGCCCAGCGAUGGUCUGCUGUCCCCAGGGACGCCAGCUAGCCAGUUCAUGACCUCUCCUGACCUGCACACAGAGCUUGUGCGGCUCUUCAAUGUGUUUGCUUUGUGGUUGGAUGAUGAAAAGAUUCAGAAGCAGGAAAUUUUUCUGCCCUCUUUGCCAAAGCAGUAUGACACCCAUCGCCUGGCCAAAAUCAUGCAGCGUCAGCAGGAGGUGUGGAUAGAGCAUGUGGACAUUGAACGAGUCCAGCAUGAGCUGCAGGAAGUCCUCAAUCUGUGGUCAAAGGUCAAAAGUGAACCUGUACCUUCACAGAACACCAACUCCUCCAUCUUCACUGACUUCAUCAACCCUUUGGCUGCAAGAGAACGUAUUCUCACUAACCUGAGAAAGCACGAUGCCCCCCAUGGGGCGCUGUUCCUCGUCCCACUAAAAGCCCCAGUGCCUGACAUUCCAACCGAGAGUCUAUCUGAUGAGAAAAUAUCAACAGCUUUAAUUCAGAAAGACCUUGCCAAGCUCCAGCAUCAAGCCAAAUUGGCAACAGUGGGAGAGACGCAGCAAGUGGCUCUAGACAAUGAGUUGUUGGAGGUUUUGCCUCAGCUCUACAUAAACAGAGAAGACCAGCUCUCAAUGCAGUUAGAGUGCCGUGGCAAAGGAGGACAGCCCUGCCAGGGUCCUGCACACAUUACUGUUAAGUACUCAAGAAUGCACAAACUGGAUCCAGUGCAGAAUCAGAUCCAAUGCCUGAAGAAUGACAUUAAACAGCUGCAGGCUGACGGAGUCAAACCUCCUCCACAGAGUCUUGCUGAGGCAGCUGUACACACAGAGAACUUCAUCACGGCUUUAGUUAAUGCUUUCAAACUAAAUCCAUCACCUGCCAUUCUGAAGGUGGGCAUCGCUGCCUUCUAUCAGAUUGUGUCCUUUGUAUGUGAGGACACACAGAGACAUCCCCCAACACGCCAAUUCUUCACUUCCUGUAUUGAGAUUCUGGGUCAGGUCUUCAUCCGGGAUGUCCAAUCAGAAUGUAAGCACAUGCUGAAGACCAUCUUAAUGAACAGACACCUGUGUAACCUGCUGUCACCUUACUUCACCCCCAACGCUUCUCCUGCAGAGCUGGUCUCUCUUUAUGAGGAAGUGGUCAAUACUCUUCACAUUGACAGCGGUGAUGUCAUAUUCAUGCUUCUCACAAAGUUUGAUAUGACGCAGUGGCUGUCUGCGACGCAGCCUUCGUUUUCUGAGCGUAGCCGACUGAUGGCGAUCAUCCAUCAGGCUCUGUGUACCUGUGGGCUGGAACCGGAGGCCGAAGCCCUGAUGCCCUUCAACAUCUUCUGCAAACACUGGACCGAACUGCUGCUUUACCAGUUUCCUGACCACUACAGUGACUUCUUGCGUUUACUGAUGCAGAGUUCUUCAGAACAGCUUCUCAGUCCAGACUGUUGGAGAGCAUCGCUAAGAGCACUUGGCUGCUCUUCUCAUCCUAAGACAAAGACAGGCAAAACCCGCUCCGUCCUCCUCUCCCCUCAACAGGUUGACGAGACAAUUGAGUGGCUCUCAAAGUACUUCUCAAAGCUACGUCUGUCCAAUGCGGACUUUAGGAGCUUCGGCCUUCUUUCAAAAUGGGGGCCGUAUAUUGAGGAAGUCAAGGUGUUCUGGGAAUAUCUGAUCAACUAUGCUGUUGAUCUGGAGCUAAAUAACUGUUUUAAAGAAUCAGUAGGAAGUCCAAAACUGGUCAGAGCUCUUGAAAGCCUGCAUGCAAAAAUGGCAAAACUUUUCGAACCCUGGAUUCUGGUUCUUAACACUGACGACACCAGUCAUCCUCGUUGUUCUCCGUGGCUUGAAUCAGAUGCCACAGCUGCAGCGAGCUUAGUGAGCUUAUAUGCACAGUUGACGGAGUCUUUACAUGAGAAAUUCAGAGAUCGGUUAUUGCCAGGACAAAGAGGAGCUCUGUGGCUUCAUCUUAUGCAUUAUUGUGAGACGUGCACCUCUCCAAAGAUGCCAGAGUACCUGUUGUACACUUAUCACACUGAGUACAGUCGUCUGCCAUGGAAGGACCUCCAUCCAGAUCAAACGCUAAUGAACCAGUUUUUUAAUGUGGAAAGAGGAAGUCCAAAGAGCUGUUUUCUGUUUAUGGGAGAGCUUCUGUGUCAGGUGAAUUGGGUCAGUGCACUGAGCGAUGCCCUCAGCCCCCAUCCGAGCCCCUCCGCUCAGACUAUGGUAGUCUCCCUCCUCUACCUAAUGGUGUUCCUGGCAAAAGAGGAUCUUCCUGUCAACAAACCUGAGGCGUCUGUCCUAAAUCUGCUCGGCCAGUCGGUUUCUCUGCCUUGGCACUUGGUGGAUUUUCCUUCUUAUCAAAAUGUCACAAGUUAUGUGAGCACACAUUACCCAGCAUCCCUCGUUCUUAGUCGUGACACUUCUUCACAGCAAGUCAUCAAGUUGCUUAGAAUGGCCGCUGGAUUUGAAACGGCUACGCAGCCUUCAAAUCACAAGGACAUGACUUUAAAGUGCCAAGCCUUCCUUCAUCUCAUGGUGCAGUUCCUAACCUCUCUGGAUCAGAAUGGAAACAUUAGUCUGGCAUCUCUAGAGACGGAAAUGGAGAAGUUACUGGAGUACAUUGUCAUUUUUAACCCUCCUGAAACAGAUCCCCAGCAGCGCCACAUGGCCAUCUGCAGUCUGUUUGCUGAGCUGCUGACUGUGCUGAAUGAAGCUGGUAUCUCUACAGCAGAGGGACUCGGUACUAAACUCCACUCCUGGGUGCAAAAGCGAGCUCGGGGUCCUUUGGUUCUCCCACUUCUAACCGCUGCGUGUAGAUGCCUGGCAUCAGUGCGUCAUAUGGCACGCACCACUGAGGCUUGUAUUAUGUCCUACUUUGCUGAUGGUGGAUGUGCUGAUCAGUAUUCUGGUUGGGGACCCAUUCUAGUAUCUCUGCAAGUUCCUGAGCUGACUGUUGAGGACUUCAUCCAGGAAAGCCUGAACCUGGGCAGUUACCUCACCUUGUAUGUCUACAUCCUUCAGAGGCUGAACUUGGAGCAGACUCUACUCAAUGAGAAGAAGAUCUUAGUGCUGCUCAACACUUGGAUCAACCAGAGCUUCCCCAGUGGUCCGGCUGAUGAGGCAAAGCUGUUUUUGUGGUGGCAUAAGGUUUUGGAGCUACUGCAGAUCCAGGUGGAUCAAGGGGACGCGUGUGACCUUGACACUCUGAUUCUGACCUUAAUGGCGUUCCAGAACCGUCUGGCCCAGCUUGGUGAGGAAAGACUGAACUCUGGUAUCCUGGGCGCCAUUGGCCUUGGGAGAAAAUCUCCACUUUCUAACAGGUUUCGCGUUGUUGCACGCAGCAUGUCUGCAUUUCUGCUAGUCCAGGUGCCCUCAGAAAAUCAGCUACGUCUUACUCCAAGCACAGACCUCCAACUCUCAACUAAAGCCCAACAGGCCUUAGCUGUGCUGGAAGCAAUGCCCAGUAAUAAACAGUAUUCAGAGCUGCAGGAGGCUGUGAGUCAGGCCUGCAAGUUCAUCAAGUAUCCAGAUCACUGCCUGCAUAAAAGCAACCACCUCUUAACCCUGCUGGUAAACACGCUUUACGCCGAUCUUCAUUACCUGGACAUCAUACGUUAGCUGUAAACUAACCACAGGGUCAUCGCCGGAAAUUCGCCAAAGACCUUCAUAAGAGAGAUGAUAUAACGGAACUCUCUUUGUUGAAAAUCUACACAAUGAGUGGGCAGCCAGACAGAAUCUAGUAACAAAAGGCUUUAGAAAUUCUCUGUUAAUGGACAGGAAAUGGAGGAAAGUUUGAUUAUAGAUAAUAAUACAGUGGUUAUUCCUGAGCUGAACAUGAGUUUAAAAAAAAAAAACUCUUUCUUUCUUGCCGAACAAUAUCAUCUUCGCCCCACUUUUUGUCUCUUUAAAAAGUUUAGGUAAUCCUAAUCAUCAAUGUUUCACACUGGCAAUACCACACUAGCAAACAUGUCCGCAAAGUUUAUGGUCUCAGUGUAUUGUAAUGCUCAUUGUAGUCAUUUCUGAGGCACAAAUUGAGCCCUUUUCUCCAGUGGGCCAAGGAUUUUUUGAUGCAUGUAUGAAUAUAGAGUUUUAAGAAAAUCCAUGAAUCAAUCACAAGUAGUUUUAUGCAGUAUAAAAUCUGAACACAUGCUUCUGUUCAGGUUUACGACAAAUAUGCUGGCAAAUGUACAAAAUAGUGACAUUUUAAGUUCAGAUUCAAACAAUUUCUUGUCAUUUGCUUUUGUCAUAAGUACAUUAGUUAAGAGCUCAUGCAAAUAAACCAGUAAUGGCUGGACAUUUUACAAUUUGGUAAAUUUUUUUGACUGAGCCGCUUUCUCACUUUACCCUUUGGUAGGGUCAAGUAAAACGUUUUGAUCCGGCCAACAAUCCUCAAAUGCUGGUUGCUGCUACAGCAUGAGAUUUGCCUAUUAAGUGCACUUAAUUUUAAAUGUUGAUAUGCUUGUCAAUACAAAACAAAAUACCUCCAUAUAAGAGCAUAUACAAUAGGUACAUUACACAUUCCUUUCCCCUGUUUAAUGUUCUCUGUUUUUCUUUUACAUAACACAGCUAUUCUUCAUUUGUGUAAUUAUAUACAUUUUGGAUGAACGUUUAUGGCUGUAUUUGUUUAGAUUUUUUAAAUUCUAGAAUUAAUAUAAUUUCAGUAUGAGAAAAUUCAUUUCUGUGACUGUUUGUUUGUAGCAUGCUGGCUAGGAGUUUUGAUUGGCUUAAGUUAAUAGGUCAGGGCUUUUGGCCAUGUAUUGCAUGCUCUUUAAAUUCAGUAUAUAGGUCAGAGGUCUUUCUCAGAGCAUUUCAUUGGCUUCCAUAAUACUUUAUGAAUAUCAAACGUUUUACAUUGAAAUCAUAGUAAUCACCUUUUUUAAAAUUGGUACAGUCUUCCUAAACAAACAGACAUGCUCACAAUCUUUCACCACAAUCACAAAUUACAUAAGAAACCAAAAUGUACACAUUGUCAUGUCACUGAGCGUAAUGCGAGUUGUUUUUAGAAAGCGGCUUUUAAAAACGAGCACAAGGUUGAGCUAUUAAAACAAUCUAGAAGUUGUUGUAUAAAUGUAAACUGGGCAGUCUGGUCUAUAAUGUUGUAUAGAGUUGCCUUAAGAUCUGUUUUCAAUGUGUUUUCUCUCUUGUGCCAUGAUUGCUCUUCUGUCAUGUACAUGAAAAUGUAAAUGAUUACUAAGAUCAAUACGUGUGUGUGUGUGCGCGCGCGUGUGUGUGGUUUCUUUAUAUGGUGUCGUCUAAGAGGUACUGUAAAUGGAAAGUAUGAGAUGUCUCCAGCACCAAACAGAAUAACACAAAUAAAAAAGCUCCAUCCCUGA